AUGGACGUGCGAAAAGUGAAGACCAAAGUAUCCGCAGGUUUCAAAAUGCGAGGACUAAUGCUUCGACCCGAUGCCUGCAGGUACUUGGUGGAGGUUUUGGAAUCUGUGAACGAGUUGGAAUUAGAUGAUGUUAUUGAGCGGAUCUUGGACGCGGUUGAAAAACAACCAUUGUCUUCCAGCAUGAUUGAGCUGUCUGUAGCAGAGACAGCUGUUCAGGACUGCAGCCAGUCCAGCGAUGACACCAUAGACAAUGUCUUCAACAUCAUCGGCGCUUUCGAUGUCCCGCGAUUUAUCUACAGCACAGAGAGGAAGAAAUUUGUACCUAUCAGCAUGACUAACCAUCCACAGCCCAGCCUGUGUGGACAGGCCAGAGAUAAAGCCGAACUCUUCAGAGAGCGAUACACCAUCCUUCAGCAGCGAACACACAGACAUGAGCUCUUCACCCCUCCUGUGGUUGGUUCAGACCCAGGGGAGGGCAGGAAUAAGUUCCAACUGAAAACAGUCGAAGCUCUCUUAGGAAGUACGGCUAAAGUAGGAGAAGUCAUUGUGCUGGGAAUGAUAACACAGCUUAAAGAGGGGAAGUUUUUCCUUGAGGACCCCAGUGGGACAGUACAGCUGAAUUUGUCAAAAGCCCAGUUCCACAGUGGCCUUUACACAGAGUCCUGCUUUGUUCUGGCAGAGGGCUGGUAUGAGGACUCGGUUUUCCACAUCAAUGCUUUUGGGUUCCCGCCGACAGAACCGUCUUCCACCACAAGGGCGUACUACGGUAACCUGAACUUCUUCGGCGGUCCCUCUGCGACGUCGGUGAAGGCUUCGGACAAACUGAAGCAGCUGGAGGAAGAGAACGAGGAGGCGAUGUUUGUCGUCGUGUCCGACCUGUGGCUGGACAGCGUUGAGGUUCUGGAGAAACUCCACACCAUGUUCUCAGGAUACUCCGCCAUGCCCCCCACCUGCUUCAUCUUCUGUGGAAACUUCUCUUCCACCCCUUAUGGAAAAAACCACAUCAAAUCGCUCAAAGAGUCUUUGAGGUCACUAGCUGAUGUGAUCUGCGAGUACCCCAAUAUCCAAAACAACAGUCGGUUUGUGUUUGUCCCUGGACCGGAGGAUCCCGGGCCCAGCACGAUCCUGCCCAGGCCUCCAUUAGCAGAACACAUCACAGAGGAGUUCAGACAACGAGUGCCCUUCUCAGUUUUCACCACCAACCCCUGCAGGAUCCAGUACUGUAGUCAGGAGAUUGUGGUGUUUCGAGAGGAUCUGGUGAAUAAGAUGUGCCGAAACUGUGUUCGAAUGCCGAGCGGGAAUCUCGAUAUCCCCAACCAUUUUGUGAAGACCAUCCUGGCCCAGGGUCACCUGACUCCCCUGCCGUUGUACGUCAGCCCUGUUUACUGGGCGUAUGACUACGCCCUGAGGGUGUACCCUGUGCCCGACGUCAUCGUCUUCGCCGAUAAAUACGACCCCUUCAGCAUCUCGAAUACGGGCUGUCUCUGCAUCAACCCAGGUUCUUUUCCGAGAAGCGGUUUCACAUUUAAGGUGUACUAUCCAUCCAACAAAACAGUAGAGGACAGCAAACUUCAAGGACUUUGA